AUGUCGCUCGAGAAAGUGCCCAUUGAGACCCAAGAUGGAGAUGUCGAUUCACCCCAGUCGGCAGUAGCAGACUCCUGUCUCACCAUUGACCCAGAGGCGGAAAAGCGCUUGCUGAGGAAGUUGGACCUAUGGCUCUCACCGAUGAUGAUUAUUGCCUUCUUGGUCGCCUACCUUGAUCGCAGCAAUAUCGGCAAUGCAGCAAUUGCGGGAAUGACGGAGGACUUGGAGUUGACCGGUAACAGGCUUAAUGUCGCUGUGACGGUCUUUUAUGUUACAUACAUUACAUUCGAAAUUCCCGCCUCCCUGAUCCUCAAGAAAGCUCGACCAAGCCGCCUCAUUCCCUUCUUUAUCCUCUCCUGGAGCGCCACUGUCGUUGGCUCAGCCUUUAUUACCAACUACGCCGGCUUGCUAGCAACUCGCCUUCUUAUCGGUGUCUUCGAAAGCGGUCUCUUCCCAUGCCUCACCCUCUAUCUCAGCACGUACUAUAAGCGAGAGGAACAAGCGCGCCGGAUUUCCUAUCUCUUCGUCGCCGCCGCCCUGUCCGGCGCCUUCGGUGGCCUUUUGGCCUAUGGCCUCACGAGUCUCCAUGGAGCCAGCGUCCUCGCUGGCUGGCGCUGGUUGUUUCUCGUCGAGGGAAUCAUCUCUCUGGCCGUUGGCUUUGCUUUCAUUGUUUUGCUGCCAGACAGCUUCGAAACGGCGAAAUGGCUUACGGAAGAAGAGAAGGCCCUGAUGCGUAUUCGUGCAGAGCAAUCCAGGGUAUACCAGGGAGAAUCGGACACGUUUGACAAGCAGGAGGUGAAGCUUGCCUUCAAGGACCCGAAGGUCUGGCUGUCGGCGGGCUGCCAGUUCUGCGCGAACACAUGCUCGUUCGGAUUCGGGACCUUCUUGCCGGUCAUCAUCCGCGGUUUUGGAUACAGCAGCAUCAAGACGCAGUUGCUGACUGUUCCCGUCUACAUCUGGGCCUCUGCCGUCUAUCUGACUGUUGCAUACUGUUCCGACAAGCUCAACAAGCGGGCUGUCUUCAUGGUCCCAAUGGCUCUUGUGACCGCCACGGGAUACGCUCUCAUGCUGGGAGUGAGUAUGAAGUCCACGGCUGUCCUCUACUUUGCAACUUUCGUUACCGCGACCGGAAUCUAUUGCGUCGUCGGCCUGAACGUCACAUGGGUUAGCAACUCCAAUGCAGGCUACUUCAAACGCGCGACGGCCAUCGGUCUGCAACAGGCCAUUGGGAACAGCGCGGGUAUCAUGGCGGGACAAAUCUACCGCAUCACCGCGUCGGACGGAAGGUACACGAUCGGCCACGCGGUCUCCAUAUGCACCAUUACCAUUGCCUCUGUCGGGUACUUUACCAUGUGGACUUGGUUGAACAAAAUCAACAACAAGAGGGAUAAUAUGAGCAUUGAUGAGAGGUCGCGGGAAAUCGACCAGGGGAAGAAGGGUGACAGACACCCCGAUUUUAGAUAUACUCUGUAG